AUACGAUAUGAAUAGUAAAAAAGGAAUUUUGUUUUUAUAUACGCAUGUAUUUGCUCUGAAUCUGUAAAAAAUCAUUAUUAUACUUAGAAAUGCCACUUAAACAAGAUAUUAUUAUUGAAUUAAAAGAAAUCUUUCCUCAGCAUAGCGAAGAUGCAAUUGGAUAUUUAUAUGAUCAUGUAUUGCUAAGUUUAGGAGUGGAAGACCAUUCUCUUUUAUUAACAUCAUGUAUCGAAAGUCUAGUUGAGAUGCCUUACGACAUUGUGGAAAAUAUUUUCUUAUCAUCCCAAGUCAAUGGUAACAGCAUAAAUAAAAAGAUUGACAUUGAUAAAUCUAAUAAUAAAAAUUUUGAUAUUUAUAAAAAGGAUUUACAUUAUUCCACUAACAAUAUUUCUGGUAGUGGUAUUGAAGUUUUAAACUCUACUUCUAUUAAUAAAGAUUUACAUUGCAUUAGAGAUGAAAUUAGUUCUUUAGGGACUAAAAAUAAAGUUUCUGAUAAGAUAAAUUUAAACAAUAUAGAAGAAAAAAAAAGAAAAUAUGAAAAUAGAGAUACUUUAAUAAAUCAAGUAAUACCGCUAAAAAAAAAAUGUUUUGAUAAAGUUAAUAAUACUAUGUUACCAUUAAAUAUUUUACCAAUUACCCAACAAAAUGAUUCUCUUAUUCCAGAGCCAGCAAUUCUUAAUCCAAUACUUGUGAAAGGAAUGAGUGGUUUUAUGGAACAAACAAAAAAAGAUAUUAUUUCAAUAAUAAAAGAUGUUGAUGAUGCUUUCCUUGAAAGACUAAUAAAUUCAUUGCCCCAAGAAACAACUGUAGAAGGAGCUGUUAAUUUUAUUCUUCAUCAUCUUCUUGAUAUAAAAAUUUAUCCCAAGUGUGACAAAAUUAAACCACAGAAACAAUUAACAAACUUAUUACAGAGUAACAGUUGUAUACAAAGUACGCCAGAAAUCUGUACUACAUCGUCAGCAACAGAAUACAACAGGCAAUCAAUACAAAAACUUCAAAACAUGUUUAGCUAUAUUUCAACAGCAGCCAUAAGAAAUAUUUUUUAUGGAGAAGGCAGAAGUAGUUUUGCUUUGACAUAUAAUCUCAUUAUGUGUGAAAUAACGGAAAUAAAAGGUGGAAAAAAAAGCGUGUCUGAUUCAAUGCUUCGUUCCUUUUUAAAGAAUAAACGCAAAAGUAUAUCUAUGCCAUUUGUACAUCCUCAACUGGAAAAGGAAAUACCAGCCAAUUUAGUUAAGCAUCCAUCAGAGAGUACUAUCGAUGUUCCUGUAUGCAAUCAAAACUAUGAGGAAACUGUGGAAUGCAGUUGCUGUUACGAUGAUGCAAAUUUUGAAGAGAUGAUCCAAUGUUUGGAGGGUCAUCUUUUUUGCAAGAAUUGUUUGAGGCAGUACUCCAAUGAGGCUGUUUAUGGAGCAGGAAAGUUGCAAAUGUAUUGUAUGGCAGAUUCAUGUAGUAGCACCUUUCCUUUAAGUCAGCUUGAAAAGGUUCUCACUGAAAAAGAGCUUGAGAAAUACCAUGAACGUGUACAGGAAGAAGAUUUAAAACUAGCAAAUUUAAAUAACUUAGUGAGGUGUCCUGGUUGUGAAUUUGCUGCUGAGAUGCCUGAUGGUGACAAAGUCUUCAAAUGUCAAAAUGAAACUUGCAUGAAAGAAGUUUGUAGAUAUUGUAAUGUUGAUUGGGAAGAGCAUUUCGGAAAACCAUGUGCAGAAGUAGAAAAUCGUUCUGAAACUUCUUUGCGUACUUCUUAUGAAGAAAAAAUGACAUUAGCAAAAGUUCGCAAAUGCUGGAAUUGCGAAGCAACCUUUUUAAAAUCGGAUGGAUGCAAUAAAAUGACAUGUAGAUGUGGAUCACCGAUGUGCUACAUAUGCAGAGAGCCUAAGAUCGACUAUGAACACUUUUGUAAACAUGCGAGAGAGCCAGGUCAAAAAUGCACUCAGUGCAAGAAAUGUAGUUUAUGGACAGAUCCUACUGAAGACGAUGAUAGGGCAGUUUUUGAAAUAAAGCAAGAAGCUGAGAAGGAACGGAUGAAAAUUACUGGAUGUAACUCACAUGUUUCAAAAAUUACAGUUGGUCCCUCUAUUGAAGUACGACCUGUUCCGACGUCGCAACCAAAUAUUCCUAUUGUUCCUAAUGUUGUUCCAAAUAUUUUUCCAAACAUUCCUAUUGUUCCAAAUAUUGUUCCAAAUAUUCCUAUUAUUCCAAAUGUUGUUCCAAAUAUUAUUCCAAAUAACUAUCCUUAUAAUCCAUAUAAUCAUUAUUACCGCAACUAUCGUCGACAUCAUCGACACAAUAGAAAUUAUAUCAGGCGUCAAAAUAAUCAAAAUAAUUUUUAACU